AACAGCUAAACAGAUGUUUUGGUCUGGAAUUGGUUUAUUGUGAUUAAACAAUUAUAAAUGAAAUUAAAUACACACAAUAAAGAUGACUUGGAAUAAGUUAAUAUGUAACAUUCGGGAGCUACAGUUAGUGGGCACUUUGUCUGGAGGUCAAAGUUUUAGAUGGAAACAAAACAAAGACAACAACGAAUGGAUCGGCGUGUUCUCAAAAACAGUCUGGAAAUUACGGGAAAAUAAUGAUCACCUACAAUACCAAGUCAUUGGCUCUUUACACAAUUCAAAAAAAGAACAGAUUAAAAAUAAAAAAAGCAAAAAGGUUGAUGUAGACUUUGACAAACUCCUUGAAGACUAUUUUAGGCUGGAUACGAAUUUAGGGGAAUAUUAUAAGCAGUGGUCGGAAAAAGAUGCACUGUUUGAGAAGGCCUGCCAACAGUUCUAUGGUAUCAGAAUGCUGCGACAAGAACCAGUGGAGAAUUUAUUCUCAUUUAUUUGUAGUCAAAAUAAUCACAUAUCAAGAAUAUCCACAAUGGUAGAAAAGUUGUGUACUCAUUAUGGAGAGAAAAUAUGUGAAUAUGAAGGUGACAUAUACUAUGCAUUCCCUGAAGUUGAGAAACUGGCUUUGCCAGAGGCAAGUAUACACUAA